AUGGCUGAUGGCAAAGAGGACCCCGCCGUGUUCACCUCCGCAUCACUGCCCUCGGACCCGCGGCUGCUGGCUACGGUGACCAACGCUUACCUGGGCACCCGUGUGUACCGCGACAUCCUCCACGUUAACGGCGUGUACAACGGGGCGGUGGGAGACACGCACCGUGCCGAUGUCCCUAGCCCCGUCAACGUUAGGAUGACGGUGCCUGGUGCGGAGAGCCUGGCCGAGACCUUCACCUUGAACACCCGGACGGGAACCUUCAGCCAUGUGCUCCAGUCAACUGAGUAUGCGGCCGCCCAUCAGAUCUACGCUCACCGUUCCCUUGUCCACUUGAUGGCCUUCAGCAUCACCAUCCAGCGAUCAGCUCACACCACCCAGCCCAUCACGGUCCAGCUCCAGACUCCUUUUGUGCCAAAGAGCCAGGACUUGGACCUGAGCCGAGGACCAGACUUCCAGGGAGCACACUAUGUCUACGGGAGGACGCUGGUUCCCGAGGUGGAGGGGGGACCCCGUCCCACCGUGCACAUGCUCUGGACUCCCGUGCCACAAGCCUUGACGUUGCGCGGGGAGGAGCGGGAGCGAUCCUGGGAGUUCCUGACGGCCGUGGCCGAGAGCGAAGAGGAGGUGAAGAGGAGCUACAGCGAAGGGCUGGCCCUCAUCGCUGCUGGCUCCCUGCACUCCUCCCACGCCCACGCAUGGGCCAUGGUGUGGCGAGACAGCUGCAUAGACCUGGAUGGACCUCUGCCUUUGAGGCAGGCCGUCUACGGGUGCCUCUACUACCUGCUGAGCGCCAUCCCGCCCGGGGGGAACCCGGGCUUCCUCUUCCACGGCAUCAGCCCUGGUGGUUUGUCCAACGGCACUCGGGGCGAGGACUACUGGGGACACGUCUUCUGGGACCAGGACACCUGGAUGUUCCCGAACAUUCUGCUGUUUUAUCCUGAAGCUGCCCGAGCCAUCCUGGAGUACCGGAUUCGCAUGCUGGAAGGAGCCUUACGCAACGCGCAGGAGCAAGGCUACAAGGGUGCUAAGUUCCCAUGGGAGAGUGCAGCCACUGGCCGGGAAGUCUGCCCUGAGGAGAUCUAUGGAGACCAAGAAAUCCAUGUCACCGGGGACGUUUUGAUGGCCUUUGAGCAGUAUUAUUGCACCACGCAGGACCAGAAGCUGUUCAGGGAGGAUGGAGGCUGGAAGGUGGUGGGUGCCGUGGCUCAGUACUGGUGCAGCAGGAUGGUGUGGAGCGAGGAAGAGCAAUGCUACCACAUCAAAGGUGUCAUGCCCCCCGAUGAGUACCAUCACCGGGUUGAUAACUCUGUUUACACCAACGCCGUGGCCCAGCGGAGCUUAAAUUUUGCAGCUGACGUUGCUCGGGACUUCUUGAUCCCCGUGCCAGAGGAGUGGGUGGACUGUGCCAAGAAAAUCAAAGUGCCCUUUGAUGCGGAGAGGAAAUAUCAUCCCGAGUACGACGGUUACCGCCCAGGUGAGCCUGUGAAACAAGCUGAUGUUGUCUUGCUUGGAUUCCCGCUGAUGCACCCCAUGAGCUCUGAAGUCCGAAGAAAUGACCUGGAGAUGUAUGAACCCGUCACUGAGCUGGAUGGGCCAGCCAUGACCUGGAGCAUGUUUGCAGUGGGCUGGCUGGAGCUAAAGGAGGUGCAGAGAGCCCAGAGCCAACUGAGCAAGUGUUUCAGCAACAUCACGGAGCCCUUCAAGAUCUGGGUGGAGAACUCAGAUGGGUCAGGAGCUGUGAACUUCUUGACAGGGAUGGGUGGAUUCUUGCAAGCUGUCCUCUUUGGCUACACAGGGUUCAGGUGAGAGCUACGUUACGUCUCCUACUUUGGCCACAAACUGAAGUUCACCGUCACCAAAGAAGAGAUCAGGAUCAAAGUGACCGAGUCUCCCCGGGGCCCUCCGGCAUCUCCCCUGGAAGCUGUGCUGCAGGAGUCGGGGCAGCGGUUUCCCCUGCGUGAAGGGCAGAGCGUCUCUUUCCCCACGGCGGCCGGCUGGAUUCAGAGGUCGACGUUUUAA